UACACAAGGGUCUGGAUCCCUGACCCUGAUGACGUGUGGCGCUCGGCUGAGUUAACCAAGGACUACAAGGAGGGAGACAAGAGCCUCCAGCUGAGACUGGAAGAUGGAACUAUUCGGGAAUACCCCAUUGAUGUCCAAAGUAACCAGCUGCCCUUCUUGCGGAACCCAGAUAUCUUGGUGGGAGAAAAUGACCUAACGGCCCUUAGCUAUCUCCACGAGCCUGCAGUUUUGCAUAAUUUAAAGGUCCGUUUCCUGGAGUCCAAUCAUAUCUACACUUACUGUGGUAUCGUGCUUGUUGCCAUUAACCCUUAUGAACAGUUGCCAAUCUAUGGACAAGAUGUCAUCUAUGCCUACAGCGGCCAAAACAUGGGGGAUAUGGACCCCCACAUCUUUGCUGUGGCAGAAGAAGCCUACAAGCAGAUGGCCAGAGACGAGAAGAACCAGUCCAUCAUAGUCAGCGGGGAGUCUGGGGCCGGCAAGACCGUGUCAGCCAAGUACGCCAUGCGCUAUUUUGCCACGGUUGGUGGCUCAGCCAGUGACACCAACAUUGAGGAGAAGGUCCUGGCGUCCAGUCCCAUCAUGGAGGCCAUCGGAAAUGCUAAAACCACUCGCAAUGACAACAGCAGCCGUUUUGGAAAGUAUAUUCAGAUCGGCUUUGACAAAAGGUACCACAUCAUUGGGGCCAACAUGAGGACCUACCUGUUGGAGAAAUCCAGAGUGGUCUUCCAGGCAGAUGAUGAGAGGAAUUACCACAUCUUUUACCAGCUGUGUGCUGCUGCCAGUCUUCCGGAAUUUAAAGAGCUUGCGCUAACGUGCGCCGAGGACUUCUUCUAUACCUCACAGGGAGGAGACACGUCCAUCGAGGACGUGGACGAUGCUGACGACUUUGAGAAGACGCGACAGGCCUUCACACUGCUGGGAGUGAGAGAGUCCCAUCAGAUAAGCAUUUUUAAGAUAAUUGCUUCUAUCCUGCACCUUGGAAAUGUGGAGAUACAGGCUGAGCGCGAUGGUGAUUCCUGUAGUAUAUCACCAGAGAGUGAACACCUGAACAACUUCUGCCGACUGCUGGGAGUUGAGCACAGCCAGAUGGAGCACUGGCUGUGCCAUCGCAAGCUGGUCACCACCUCGGAGACCUACGUCAAGACCAUGUCCCUCCAGCAGGUGGUCAACGCACGCAACGCCCUGGCCAAGCACAUCUACGCCCAGCUGUUCGGUUGGAUCGUGGAGCACGUCAACAAGGCCCUGCACACCUCCCUCAAGCAACACUCCUUCAUCGGAGUCCUGGACAUCUACGGGUUUGAGACGUUUGAGGUAAACAGCUUUGAGCAGUUUUGUAUCAACUAUGCAAAUGAGAAGCUCCAGCAGCAGUUCAACUCGCAUGUAUUCAAACUGGAGCAAGAAGAAUACAUGAAGGAGCAGAUCCCUUGGACGCUGAUUGAUUUUUAUGACAACCAACCUUGUAUCGACCUCAUAGAAGCUAAGCUGGGCAUCCUGGACCUGUUGGAUGAAGAAUGUAAGGUCCCCAAAGGAACUGACCAGAAUUGGGCUCAGAAGCUCUAUGACCGGCACUCCAGCAGCCAGCACUUCCAGAAACCCCGCAUGUCCAACACGGCCUUCAUUGUUGUGCACUUCGCAGAUAAGGUGGAGUACCUUUCCGAUGGUUUUCUGGAGAAGAACAGAGACACGGUGUACGAAGAGCAGAUCAACAUCCUGAAGGCCAGCAAGUUCCCACUGGUGGCUGACUUGUUUCAUGAUGACAAGGAGCCUGUUCCCACCCCCACUGCAUCUGGAAAGGGCUCAUCUUCUAAGAUCAACAUUCGCUCUGCCAGACCCCAACUGAAAGCCUCUAACAAGGAGCACAAGAAAACCGUGGGCCACCAGUUCCGAACCUCCCUUCACCUGCUCAUGGAGACCUUGAACGCCACCACGCCGCACUAUGUCCGAUGUGUCAAGCCCAACGACGAGAAGCUCCCCUUCCACUUUGACCCAAAGAGAGCAGUGCAGCAGCUCAGAGCAUGCGGGGUGUUGGAGACCAUCCGGAUCAGUGCGGCCGGCUACCCGUCCAGGUGGACCUACCACGAUUUCUUCAACCGGUACCGGGUCCUGGUCAAGAAGAGAGAGCUUGCCAACGCAGACAAGAAGGCCAUCUGCAAGUCUGUCCUGGAGAACCUCAUCAAGGACCCUGACAAGUUCCAGUUUGGCCGCACCAAGAUCUUCUUCCGGGCAGGCCAGGUGGCCUACCUGGAGAAGCUUCGGGCUGACAAGUUCCGGGCAGCCACCAUCAUGAUCCAGAAAACUGUCCGGGGCUGGCUGCAGAAGGUGAAAUACCGCAGGCAAAAGGGAGCUACCUUAACUCUGCAGAGGUACUACCGAGGACACCUGGCCCGCAGGCUGGCCGAGCAUCUGCGCAGGACCCGGGCGGCUGUGGUGCUCCAGAAGCAGUAUCGCAUGCGGAGGGCCCACCUGGCCUACCGGAGGCUCCGCGGGGCUGCCAUCACCAUCCAGGCCUUCACGCGGGGCAUGUUUGUGCGGAGACGCUACCGCCAGGUCCUCUGGGAGCACAAGGCCACCGUCAUCCAGAAGCACGUGCGGGGCUGGACGGCACGCCGGCACUUCCAGCGGCUACGGGGCGCAGCCAUUGUCAUCCAGUGCGCCUUCCGGAGGCUCAAGGCCAAGCAAGAGCUGAAGGCCCUCAAGAUCGAGGCCCGCUCCGCAGAACACCUGAAACGCCUCAACGUGGGCAUGGAGAACAAGGUGGUGCAGCUGCAGCGGAAGAUUGACGACCAGAGCAAAGAGUUCAAGACGCUGUCAGAGCAGUUGUCGGCGGCCACCUCCACGCACACCAUGGAGGUGGAGAAGCUGAAGAGGGAGCUGGCCCACUACCAGCAGAGCCAAGGUGGGGACAGCAGCCUGAAGCUGCAGGAGGAGGUGGAGAGCCUGCGGACUGAGCUGCAGAGAGCCCAUUCGGAGCGCAAGAUCCUGGAGGACGCCCACACCAGGGAGAAAGAUGAGCUGAGAAAGCGAGUUGCAGACCUGGAGCAAGAAAAUGCUCUCUUGAAAGAUGAGAAAGAACAGCUUAACCACCAAAUCCUGUGCCAAUCGAAAGAUGAGUUUGCCCAGAACUCUGUCAAGGAAAAUCUCCUGAUGAAGAAAGAGCUGGAGGAGGAGCGCUCCCGGUACCAGAACCUCGUGAAGGAAUAUUCACGGUUGGAGCAGAGAUACGACAACCUUCGGGACGAGAUGACCAUCAUUAAGCAAACCCCAGGCCACAGGCGGAACCCAUCAAACCAAAGUAGCUUAGAGUCUGACUCCAAUUACCCCUCCGUCUCCACAUCAGAGGUCGGAGACACAGAGGACGCCCUCCAACAGGUAGAGGUGAGUAAGGCAGGUUCUUGGCUGGCUGUGCCCCGGAGGGGGUGUUUAUUACCUGUGUGGAGCUCCACAGAGCUUUAUUAUAUACUAUUCUGUGGUGGCCACCGCAGUAGGCAAGAGCUGGAGUCGGAGAACAAGAAGCUGAAGAAUGACCUGAACGAACUGAGGAAAGCCGUGGCCGACCAAGCCACCCAGAACAACCCCACCUACAGCUCCCCAGACAGCUACAGCCUCCUGCUGAACCAGCUCAAGCUGGCCAACGAGGAGCUCGAGGUUCGCAAGGAGGAGGUGCUCAUCCUGAGGACACAGAUCGUCAGCGCUGACCAGCGCCGACUUGCUGGCAAGAACACGGAGCCAAACAUUGAUGCCAGAACAAGUUGGCCUAACAGCGAAAAGCACGUAGACCAGGAAGACGCCAUUGAGGCCUAUCACGGGGUCUGCCAGACAAACAGCAAGACUGAGGAUUGGGGUUAUUUGAAUGAAGAUGGAGAACUCGGCUUGGCCUACCAAGGCUUAAAGCAAGUUGCCAGGCUGCUGGAGGCUCAGCUGCAGGCCCAGAGCCGAGAGCAUGAGGAGGAGGUGGAGCAUCUCCAGGCCCAGGUGGAGGCCCUGAAGGAGGAGCUGGACAAGCAGCAGCAGACCUUCUGCCAGACGCUGCUGCUCUCCCCGGAGGCCCAGGUGGAGUUCGGUGUCCAGCAGGAGAUAUCGCGGCUGACCAAUGAGAACCUGGACCUUAAAGAACUGGUAGAAAAGCUGGAAAAGAAUGAGAGAAAGCUUAAAAAACAACUGAAGAUUUACAUGAAGAAAGUCCAGGACCUAGAAGCUGCCCAGACAUUAGCCCAGAGUGAGAAGAGGCGCCACGAGCUCAACAGACAGGUCACCGUCCAACGGAAAGAGAAGGACUUCCAGGGCAUGCUGGAGUACCACAAGGAAGACGAGGCCCUUCUCAUUCGGAACCUGGUGACAGAGCUGAAGCCCCAGACGCUGGCGGGCACAGUGCCCUGUCUUCCCGCUUACAUCCUCUACAUGUGCAUCAGGCACGCAGAUUACGUCAACGACGAUCUCAGGGUACACUCCUUGCUGACCUCCACCAUCAAUGGCAUUAAGAAAGUCCUCAAGAAGCACAAUGACGACUUUGAGAUGACAACGUUCUGGCUGUCCAACACCUGCCGCCUCCUUCAUUGUUUGAAGCAGUACAGUGGGGAUGAGGGCUUCAUGACUCAGAACUCCGCCAAGCAGAACGAGCACUGUCUGAAGAACUUCGACCUCACUGAAUACCGUCAGGUGCUGAGUGACCUCUCCAUUCAGAUCUACCAGCAGCUCAUUAAAAUCGCCGAGGGGCUGUUGCAGCCUAUGAUAGUUUCAGCCAUGUUGGAAAACGAGAGCAUUCAGGGUCUAUCCGGUGUGAAGCCGACGGGCUACCGGAAGCGCUCCUCCAGCAUGGUGGACGGUGAUAACUCGUACUGCCUGGAAGCCGUCAUCCGCCAGAUGAACUCCUUUCACACCGUCAUGUGCGACCAGGGCCUGGACCCUGAGAUCAUCCUGCAGGUGUUCAAACAGCUCUUCUACAUGAUCACUGCGGUGACACUCAACAACCUGCUCCUGCGAAAGGACGUCUGCUCCUGGAGCACAGGCAUGCAGCUCAGGUACAAUAUAAGUCAGCUUGAAGAGUGGCUUCGGGGAAGAAACCUUCACCAGAGUGGAGCAGUUCAAACCAUGGAACCUCUGAUCCAAGCGGCCCAGCUCUUGCAGUUAAAGAAGAAAACCCCCGAGGACGCUGAGGCCAUCUGCUCCCUCUGCACCUCCCUCAGCACCCAGCAGAUUGUCAAAAUUUUAAACCUUUACACACCCCUGAAUGAAUUUGAAGAACGGGUAACAGUGGGCUUUAUACGAACCAUCCAGGCACAACUACAAGAGCGGAAUGACCCUCAGCAACUGCUAUUAGACUACAAGCACAUGUUUCCCGUUUUGUUCCCAUUUAAUCCAUCUUCUCUGACUAUGGACUCAAUCCACAUCCCAGCGUGUCUCAAUCUGGAGUUUCUCAAUGAAGUCUGAAAAAGCACAUUUCCAACUUUGGCUCAAUUGCCAGUGAGAGCAAGAAGGAAGUACAUACAGUAAAGUAACUUUAAGGGUCUGUUCAAUCUAUAAAAGUUGAUCAAAUCAGAGAUUGCGAGCCUGUGCUGAACUAUACAGAAUAAGACACAUCUGUCAUUAUUUUUUGUACCUACUGCUCAGAAUAAAAACACUUGAAAUAUGGAAGAUUUUUUAAGUAUGAUUUCAGUAUAAACAAAUACACAUCAUAACCUGCAGUCCCCAUGGCCCUAUAAAAAGUGCCAGUAUAUAAAAUGGAAACUGCCUAGUUUUUGAUCUGGAGAAUGUCCAAAGUAAAAUAAUAUUAAAAGUAUGUAAGUCACAUAAAUUGCCUUCAGAGGACCUUUAACAAAUAAUGGUACUAACAACCACAACACUGUCAUAUAGUGAAUGACAUUUCCCCAGGUUGACAAACCAUAGGUGUGGUUGAGUUUGUAGGGAAAUGUCUUGAGAACAAAAAUACAGGCCUGGGCCUUCGGAGAUGUUUCCCAAAGGUAUUUUUCGAUACCUGGUCAUGCAGAGACAAUGGUGUAAUGGACCUCCAGCCCAAACAUUUUGAGUAUUGGUUUGUGAAGGAAAAUGAGAAGACUUAGUCCCUAAUAUGGUCAAACCCUGAUCUGCAGUCUUGCAUUUAGGGAAGUUAUGCUAAAAAGACUGCUGUCCCAAACUACAAAUGGAAGCAAGAUGGAAAGAUGUUUCCAAUGCUAUCCAUGCACUUACUGAGGCAAUAAAAUUUUCACAAAAAUCUACAUAAGAGAAAAGUUAGAAAAUAACUCCUGUUUUAUUUACAGAUUAAAACCCAAACCAGCCAGUGUGAAAGCCUUUAAUCCCUUAAUGCCAUUAAAUCUCCAAUAAGAAUAUUACAUAAUACAUUAAUUCCAGAUAACCAAGAUAGUAAAGGAAAAACUUCAUUGGGAGGGUCAGAUUAUUUGAAAAACCUUUCUUAAAAACAGUUCAGGGACUACUGUUAUUUUCCAAAAGAUUUUUGGGUUUUCUCUGUGUGUGAUCUAUUGGGUUGUCGGAAGAGUCAUGACGCAUUUUUGCAACGAAAAACAUAGAAAAAAAUACGUCAUGACUUUUCUGACAACCCAAUAUUUAAAGAGGAAGAAUAGCUAUGUCAGCUAUCCUUUUUCAGGUUAUUUUCUACAUUUUUCAAAUUUACCACAUAAAAACCAUAAAUAUCUCUGCUUUGAAAUAAAGAUUAAAUGUGUAUUCAGUCAUAAUAUUACAACAGAUUUCAUAUGUCUGCUGCUUUCACAAAUGUUUUUUGUCUCGGCAAAAGCAGGCAUUUGAUUAGAAAACCCUCCAUAUUCUUUACACCCAUUUUUUACUGUGUUUUCCAUACUUCUGGUACGUAUCUGUAGGCUGUUUCCAUGACAAGAACAGACGGUAUUUGCAAAUCAUACAGCCUCUGUAUUACGAUAAGAUUUCUCCAUGAAUUCCACAUAGAAGACCCCGCCACACAUACACACCUUCUUUUACUCAGCCACUCAAAAGGCAGUUGGAAACAAAACACACCCCAAGCCCUAAACAAUCUUGUAUACUGCACGCUUUGAGCUCAGCUUCCUCAUUCAUUCUCCUUGCCCACCGGGCAGAAGAAGACAGCACCAGGGCAAAGACUGCUGACCACCAUGUCCAAAUCAGUGUCAUUGGCAUUAUCCCCUCUACCUCCACAUUAAACAUCCUGGCUUCUCUUGGGUGUCUACGCAGAGCUGUGCCUUCUUUCCCAGUUAUAGUUACACAAUCUGACAUACAUUACACACCCCCUUCAACCCACACACUGACUUUGUUGGGAAGGCCAGUCUAAACCAAUUCGGUUCAGUGGCUACCUCUUUUGAAAGUUAUUAAGAAUAAUUUGCUUUUUACUGCACUGUAGUUUAAAACUGAGUCUCUUGUUUUAAGGACUGACUUUAAUCUUCAAGAUAACCCAAAAUGCCUUGUUAGAGUGUUAAGGAGUUUGAGAAGCAGUGAUUCCAUAAAUGCAAUGGCUUACUGUCCUUACAUAUUGUCUUAUACCCUCAUUCUCUUAAUCUCUUUAGGUCACUACCUCUCUGCUGUCACUGGUUAAUCACUAGGUGCCAAAGACUCACUGAAUAAAAGCUUGGCAGUAAGAAUAAAUGCAGGAGGAACCUUAUGAAUAGUCUUCUACUAAGCCUAAGAAAUGGCAGACUAGUUCUCUUCCAAUAUACUUUAAAAAAGUCUUUUAUAGACCACUAACAAAAGAAAUAUAGUAAUUUGGUUACUUAAUAUUUAGGUCUGCCCUAUUUAACUUAACACUUGGAGGCUGGAAGAAGCAUCUUUAGGGAAACUUGAAUCUUUUGUUAGCAUUUAUAUUCUUUCCAUUUUUUAAGUCAGUUGAACUCAAACUUUCCAACUUCAUGAAAUCUAUGAUUUUUAACAAUUCAACAUAAAGGUUUGAACUCUGCACUAGAUAUCUUUCUUUUUUAAUAUUUAUAAUUUAGUUGACACUUUCCUCACUGUGCCUUUAGCAGUUACUGAGAUAACUGACUUACCACUUAUUUCUCUGAAAUAGGUGUUGCUGUGGGAAGAAUGUUAAUGCUUGACAUAACAUGGUGGAGUUUUGAUUUGUCUUUGGAAACAUUAGAAGCAUUUUAAAGAUUCCUUAAGAAUCAAAUAUUUAUAAAGAAUUUAAGUAUUAUAUGGGACCUACCUGUUUACCUAUAAUGUAUAUAAGUAAUGUGUGUUACGUACAUAUUAAUAAUUGUUGCUGAAGCUGACAAGCAUAUUACCUACAUGUAUUUUCCCUGUGCCAUCAUACCUGCAGUUAGAUUUAUGGUACCUGGCAAGCAGAUUAGAUCCAAAGGAAAAUAGACUUUUCCCCCACUUUCCCCCGCUUUCAUGGAGCAUGUUAAUAGGAGUUUCUUCUCUUGGAUUUCCUAUACACUAAAUUUUAAGACUUUUGUAAAAAAAAAA